UGCAGCGACAGUAGGAGGAGGAAGGAGUGAGGAGCGAAGGGGUUGUGGCUGCUGGGAGCUGCUGCGUGGGGCCGAGCUCUGGAGAGGAGAGAUUAGGAGAGUGGGGAAACUCCGUGUGUGCAAGAGACAGGAAGAGUGGACACAGUGCAUGUAUCUUGGAGAAGGAAGGGGGUAGGAUAUCUUCAUGUUGAACAUGAGCAUUGUUAUGAUCAGUGAGAAUGUAAAGCUGGCCCGUGAAUAUGCCUUACUGGGAAAUUACGACUCUGCGAUGGUCUACUACCAGGGAGUUCUUGACCAAAUGAAUAAGUAUCUCUACUCUGUCAGAGAUACAUAUCUGCAACAGAAAUGGCAACAGGUUUGGCAAGAGAUAAGCGUGGAAGCUAAGCAUGUAAAAGAUAUAAUGAAAACACUAGAGAGUUUUAAACUAGACAGUACACCACUGAAAGCUUCACAACAAGAAUUACCGGCUCAUGAGGCAGAAGUCUGGUCUUUGCCAGUACCUGCUGAACGUAGGCCUUCUCCAGGACCUAGAAAACGUCAGUCUGUUCCAUGCAAUGAUUGCAGAGGUCACAAUAAUCGUGUGAGUGCAGCUGUCAGAGGCCCUCACCGUCCAUCCUCUCGAAAUCCCAAUGAUAAAGGGAAGGCGGUUCGCGGCCGGGAAAAAAAGGAUCAGCAAAAUAAAGGAAAAGAAGAAAAGAACAAAUCUGCAUCAGAGGUUUCAGAGGCUGAGCCAAAGAAAUUUGAUAGCACUGGAUAUGAUAAAGAUUUAGUAGAAGCUUUGGAAAGAGAUAUAAUUUCUCAGAAUCCCAACAUUCGAUGGGAUGACAUUGCUGAUUUAGUAGAAGCCAAAAAGCUGCUUAAGGAAGCUGUAGUUUUACCCAUGUGGAUGCCUGAGUUUUUUAAGGGAAUUAGAAGACCAUGGAAGGGUGUUCUGAUGGUUGGUCCUCCUGGUACUGGAAAGACCCUCUUGGCAAAAGCUGUAGCGACUGAAUGCAAGACUACUUUUUUCAAUGUUUCUUCUUCCACACUUACCUCAAAAUACAGAGGAGAAUCUGAGAAACUUGUUCGUCUACUGUUUGAAAUGGCUCGAUUUUAUGCUCCAACAACUAUAUUUAUUGAUGAGAUAGACUCUAUCUGUAGUCGCAGGGGAACUUCAGAGGAGCAUGAAGCUAGCCGACGUGUGAAGGCAGAGCUGCUAGUUCAGAUGGAUGGUGUUGGAGGGGCUGCUGAAAAUGAUGAUCCUUCCAAGAUGGUCAUGGUACUUGCUGCUACUAAUUUUCCUUGGGAUAUUGAUGAAGCCCUAAGACGGAGACUAGAAAAAAGAAUUUAUAUUCCUUUGCCAUCAGCAAAAGGUAGAGAGGAACUCCUGAGAAUAAAUCUACAAGAACUGGAAUUGGCUGAUGACGUUGACCUUGCAAAUAUAGCUGAGAAAAUGGAGGGUUACUCAGGUGCAGACAUUACCAACGUAUGCAGAGAUGCAUCCCUGAUGGCUAUGAGAAGGCGCAUUGAAGGCUUGACACCAGAAGAAAUAAGAAAUCUUUCCCGAGAUGAUAUGCACAUGCCAACAACUAUGGAAGACUUUGAAAUAGCUUUGAAGAAGGUUUCUAAAUCGGUAUCUGCUGCGGACAUUGAGAAAUAUGAGAAAUGGAUAGUUGAAUUUGGAUCAUGCUGAGUUGUCUUAUCUUGAAGAAGCCACUUUACAUCCUAAAACAGCUUUAGAAGUAAUAAAUGGUGUGUCGAUGCAUUGCCUGCUUUUUUAAACUUUUGUAAUUUAAGAGCAACAGAUGUCUAAAUAAAUUUUUUUUAAUGCAAA